CUCCUACAGGACACUGAUGAGAACACACAACAUUCCCAUCCUACACAAGAUACAACAUGCAACUCUCCAUUGCUCUAGGUUUACUAUUGGUAGCUGCCUGCACCAAUGCCUCAUACCUCAACUGUUGGGGUAAAGGCUGUGGUGGAUACGGUGGCGGAUACGGUGGUGGAUAUGGAGGUGGAUGGGGAGGUGGAUAUGGAGGCAUUGGUGGCUGGGGAGGAGGAUGGGGAGGAGGAUGGGGCAAAGGAGGAGGAUAUGGCAUAGGAAGUGGAUAUGGAGGAUGGGGUGUAGGAGGUGGAUACGGAGGAUGGGGUAAAGGAGGUGGAUAUGGAGGAUGGGGUCUAGGAGGUGGAUACGGAGGAUGGGGCAAAGGAGGUGGAUGGGGUUAUGGAGGUGGAUAUGGAGGAUGGGGUCUAGGAGGUGGAUACGGAGGUGGAUACGGAGGUGGAUACGGAGGUGGAUACGGAGGUGGAUAUGGAGGAUUCGGAGGUGGAUACGGAGGUGUUGUACUUAAAGGAAAAGGAUCAUACUAUUAAACUAAGGAAAUCUGUAUUGUUUCAGAAGACAAAAUGGACACAAAUUUAUGUUAAAUCUUCAAAUCACUACAUGUAGAUAUCUAGCAAAUAAAAAAUAGCUGGCUAA